ACUUUAUUUCUUUAUAUAAUCAUGGCUGCAAGUUUUAAGUGUAGAAGGUAAACAAAGAAAUAAUCUACAUGUUUAUCAAAGUUUUAUUCGUAUGAAAUAAUUUAAUAGUAUCCAGAUUUCAUAGAAAAAUACAUCUUUAUCAAUAACAUAACGUAAGUUCAAAAGGUAUAAUGGAAACCACAUGGAAGGUUUUGAUGCAAUUUAUUAUGAAGAAGAAAUUGAAAAUAAUGAAGAAACUGAACCUGCAGAUGUGUCUUUGGUUCCUGAUCCAGUAAUUAUAAGAGGAGCUGGAAAUAUGACAGUAUUUGGAUUAAGUAAUCGGUUUAGUACAGAAUUUCCUAGUGGUUUGGUAUCAAGGGUGGCUCCAGAAGAAUUUAAAGAAACAGUAAUGAGGAUAAAUGGGAUUUUAAAAAAGACUUUACCAGUAAAUGUAAAAUGGUUAUUUUGUGGAUGUUUAUGCUGCUGCUGUACUCUGGGUUGCUCCCUUUGGCCAGUUAUAUGUCUUAGUAAAAGAACUCAACAUUCCUUAAAUAAACUGUUAGAAUGGGAAAAUAGUUAUUUAUAUAAUAAACUUGGUUUACAUUGGAGAUUAAGUAAGCAACAGUGUGAUUCGUCUUCUAUGAUGGAGUAUGUAAUUUUAAUUGAAUUUUUGCCUAAAGUUCCAAUUUACCGACCCGAUUAGCAGAGAUAUAGUGUCAAUUAACCGAAUCUCGUUGAUUUUGUAAAUAUGAUGCAUGUGAUAAUAGACAUACUGUAUUUUUCAUAAUCUUCAUGUUUCCAUUAAUGUAACAUUCUAUUUUGUUAGUACUGCACAUGUUAUAUAGCAUUUAGUUAUUGUUAAAACUGCGUAACUCAAGUUUUACUUCGAACCUUUCUACUAGUUUAUUAAAAAAUACUUUUGAGUCUGCCCAUCAGAACUGAUGCAUAUCAUAAAGGUAAUAAUUUUUUCAUAUUGUUUAAUCUAAAUUCUGUAGUAAUUCUAAAGCUUGAUUUAAACUAAAUUCAAGAUAUAAGUAAAACAUAAUUUUAAAUCUUCCUCUUCUAGUUUAUAGCAACUAAAUUUAUUUAAGGAUGAGUUGAUGUUGACUUGCUGCAUAUGUAACAUAAGUAUUAAGUUUUGUCAGAUGCGGUUAUAUUUAGUACUUACUAAAAGGAAUUAAUUACGUAUAUAAAGAUAUGCAAUUAAUAUACUAAUUUAAACUAUGGCGCAACAAAGCAAGUUUAUGGUUCCUGUUAAGAAUGUUCUUUUAUUUAACUGCUAACUCCUUGUGAUGUCCAAAAAGUUAAGACUUUAAAAUAAUUAAGUUCAUUUGGAAAUUGUUAUUAGAAUUUGCAUUAUUGUAAAUAAAAUAGAAUAAAAGUUGUUUUAUAAACUUUUUACAUUACAUAUUUAAUUAGAUAUAUUUAAGGUCAAUAUAGGGUAAUCAAGUAUCCUGUAUGUUUUUACUUACUUCUAGGUAUUUUCUGUUAGCCAAGUAUAUAGUAUCUUGAAAUACUCUUAUUAAAUUUGUAGAAAUCAUACUAUUUCCAUCUAGCUAGUUUUUAAAUACAUAAUUUUAUUAUCCAA